CAGAAGAUGAGCCUUGAGAAGAAAGAAAUAAGGAAGAGCAUUGAAGGCGAGUUUCAUUGUGGGACAAGUGUGCGACAACGAAAGAACGACAGCUGGAAUUUGUGAGUUACCAAUCAGUGGAGACCAUUUUCCAGACGUUGAGAGAAAUCUUUGUCAUCGUCGAAAAUGAUCAUCUUCUUCGCCUUAUCGAGUUUUAUCCUCCUGGCUGAGAUUGCAAUUCCUGCUGAGUCGCUUUGUGGUUGUCGCGUCCCAUUCAAAGUUGUUGGAUGUAAAAAGGACAAACGUAAUGACCGGGCUCUACCAGAGAUGUUGAUCAAUGAGAGAGAUAGAUACAGUAGCAGCUACAAUGGUUUUGAUGUUGACUGGAUGAAUUGGGAUGAAUAUUUACCUGCUUUUACAUGUCGCUGUGCUGAGGCAGCCAUGAAGAAAGGAUAUAAAUAUUUUUCACUGCAGUUCUGGGGGGAAUGUUGGAGUGGCCCGUCACCAGCAGCGGACAAAGGAAUUAUGAAACAUGCAUGGGGGAAGGAAUGCUAUGGUCCCCAGUAUAAGGAAUGUGACAGUAAAUCAAACAACUGUGUUGGAGCUGAAAACCACAACUUUAUAUAUGAAAUACACCCUUACAAGUGUCCAGUUAAAUUUGAGCGCUUGGGUUGCUACAGGGAUGGAAAGCAGAAGAAUACAAAUGAUCGUCCAUUAAGUGACUACCUUCUUACCGAUCGGGAUAAACGGCAUUCUGUGUCCAGUGGUAGAGAUAUCGACUGGUAUAAUUAUGAUACUUACCUACCACAACUGGCAUGUCGCUGUGCAAUGAAGACAGUUGAAGAAGGAUGGGACACUUUUGGCUUGCAGUAUUAUGGUGAAUGCUGGUCUGGAGAACGUGGCAAUGUAACUUAUUACCAAGAUGGUGAAACAUCAACUUGUAAGAACAAAUGUUUCGAAACUUGUACGAAAUAUGAUUCAUUCUGCAUUGGAGAACAAAAUACGAACUACGUUUAUCGUAUAACUGGAGACGUGUGUGAGAUUCCUUACAACGCAACUGGCUGUUACAAUGAAAUUGAAGCUCAACGAGCUCUUCCCGAACUCAUUCUCGAUGAUGUGAAUCCAGCAAGUCCGAAGUUCAUGGGAAUUAUCUCCACAGACUUCAGUGAUUGGGAAGAAUACAUGAAAGGUUUCGUAUGUCGUUGCGCAAGGAAAGUGCUGGAGAAAGGAUACAACACAUUUGGAAUCUCCAACGGAGGUCAGUGUUACAGCGGACCCACAGCUGAAACAACUUAUAAUAAACAUGGAGAAAGUGACGAAUGUUUUCACAACGGUACAAUUGCGUGUUCAUCUGGCAUUUGUGCUGGUGGCAAGGAAACAACCUACGUUUACCAACUUUAAGAUGAAACAAAAUAUUGUGCGAGACUGUGAGGAAAUCACUAGUACAUUUAUAAUGUGUUGUUAUAUAAGGCCCUUAUGUAAGUGUGAGUGAUGUGUUUGAACAAUAAUUAUCUUUGAGACAGUUGAGAAAUUUGAAGGUUUCUUGCUAACAAGUUAAAGUUUCGACUGAAACAAGAUCUAGUGUGAAAUUGUAUACUUAAAAGAAAUAGAAAAAAAACGUCUGA